AUGCUAAAAUUGCAUGUGGGAUGGACAGGUUCUUGUCCCCUAUUGUUUUGCAAUCUCGGGAUCUUCUUGGCCAAAGUUAAGUAACUCUGAUCACUAGAAUUCAGUAUCUUCAUACCUUCUCCGUUGAAAAGGGAUUGCAUGCAGCUUCUUAUUAACCUUGUAGUUAAUUGUGUAUUUCACUAUUUAAAUAUUUUUUGCGAUCGGAACUGUAUCAUUACAAUUAUGGAAAGAAUAAAAUCUGCCAGCAUAAUGUACGCUGGUGCAGUCGUAUUUUUAACAAGCAUCUCACUCGCUAAUGGGGCCCUCAAUACGCCAAGAUAUCAGCCCGAGUUGGACCAACUCUCACUGGAAAAGUAUAUUAGUGACGAUUAUCUCUUCAACAUGCACAUAAAUUGUUUGUUGUACGACGGACCUUGUGACCCAGUCGGCCGAUGGAUGAGGCCGCGGAUGGCCUCCUACUUUUUGAGUUCUUGCAUUCUCUGCACUCCAAAUCAGGAGAAGGAAGCGGAUAAAUUCAUGAGUUGGUUGUACCAAAACCAUCCCCAACUUUUCCAAAUAGGAAUUGCUAAAUAUUUAGACGCCAACGGUAUUACCCUCCCUGAAAAAUCGAAAUUCAGAGAACAAGUGCAGAAAAUGAACGUCCCCAAAGUCGUAAUUUCGUCCCAAGAGUCGGCCGAUCUACAGGAAAAGGAUCCCCUUAUUUCCGACGCAGAAGAAAACAAGCCUGGUCCAUUAUCUCAAGAAUUACUACAACAAUCCAGGAACAAUAAUGAAGAAAUUAGUAGUGGUGGUGGACCCAAUGAACGAAUUUUAAAUCCUAAAGGGCGAAGAAAUAAGUUCUCGUCCGCCAUCACAUUCUCCAGUCCGAGUGCUGCGGACAAAUUUAACAACCCGAUAGAAGACGACGAGGCAGAGAUGGAUUUUAAAUUUUACCACAAAUGAAAUAAAAUGUCAUAAAAAAUAUGCGGUGUACAAAAAGUAUUUACUCAAGAUUCCUAAACUUUUUAGCUCGUUUCCGUGGAGUGAAUGUAUUAGGAUUUUGUAAUGAGGUUGUCCAAGGAUGGGCCAUCUUUUAAAAAUUAUUAAAAAUUUUCGAGUUGGGGACAGGCACGCAUUUUUUGGCGUUGUCACCCGUCGUUGGGUGAGUGAGAAAUUAUUUUUCGGUGGACUUUUUCAUUUCUAACUCGAAUGCAUAUUAUGUGAUAUUGAUGACCACUUCUGCCCCCGAUAAUUUUGUAUAUUUCUACACUUAUUUGUAUACAUAUUUUUAUGAAGAUAGCGACCACAACCAGGAGGAUAAUUCGUGUUCCAGAUAAAGAAAUGUUUAUUUAUCUUUAAAAAAACUUGACAAAAAUUGACAUCCUCAUGAUUUUAAAAACUUAUACCGUUAACAACUCAUCUUCGGUAUCAGCAGGAGUGGUUUCUGAAUCUGCACCAGCAGCUGCUACCUCAUCAAUUACAAAAUCUUCCAGAACUAAAUUAUCCUCCUCCUCUUCGUCCUCCAGGUCCACCGUUAUCGUGGGAGUGAUAAUUUAAUAAUGAAAAUUUUGUCAAGUUUUAGACAAAUGAAAAUUUUUU